AUGUCCAAACGCUCACGCGAGGCGUCUUUCUCGCCCUCAGCAGACUCGCAUUCGACGUCAACCCCAGAAGACGACGAGCACGAGACCCUGCGGCCUGUCAAGAUAAGUGCAAUGACAGACUUUGAAGCACACAGCCUAUCCGCAAUGCAAUGCAGUCUGCCGCCGCAUCGUCAAGCCCUGGAUUUUCCUUCCAUUAAAGCUUUCGAGCUCCACUACAUCAAGGACCACAGCAACAGGUGCUCAUCGUGUGACAAGAAUUUCCCGUCCGCUCAUUUCCUGUCUCUCCACAUUGACGAGAGCCAUAACUCGUUGCGCGCUGAAAUGCAGGCCAAAGGUGAGAAGACAUACGCAUGCUUUGUCGAAGACUGCGAAAAGAAGUGCUCUACCCCGCAGAAGCGACGUCUACAUCUGGUAGACAAGCAUCUCUUUCCCAAAUCAUACAACUUCCGAGUCGUCAACCAGGGUAUUGACAAACGAACCUCGAUGUUAACCGAGAACAAGCCUCAUCGCAGACGAGUGUCGACAGCAGACGCUCCCGCUGACAGAGUGACUCGUCACCGUCGUGCUUCAAGCCAGUUGCUGGAGAACACUACCAAAGAUGGAACAGCACAGAGCGCAUCACCGGCAGGAGGUUCUCAGAUUAGGACCUCGCCCCCUUUGUCUUUGCAGAGUGCCGGUGGUGAGAUGGAUGGUCUGGCGAAUUCUAUGUCUUCCCUGAAAUUCGUUCCAAACAGUGUUCGGAAACAAGCCGCAAAGAAGAACGGCGCAUAG